UGUGGCACACCUUGGAGUGUUCUGUCAACCCUCUGCCUCAUCCUCCGCAUCACACCUGCUAUCUGUUCAUGUUUCCGUUUCUGAAGUCUUGUUUCCUCACUUAAUCCUCUCCCAGCCAUAUUGGCAGCCCAGGAGGCCUGCUCUGCGUGGUGUUUCAGGAGAGACAUCUGAGAAGAGGACUCGGCGUGCUUCAGGGGAACCGGCUCCUUCUGCGCCGUUCCUUCCCCCGGGUUCACUCUCAGUUCCACUCCGUGCACACUGGCAACAGACGGAUAAACGGAGGCACCGGGCGCAGGGCACAAGUGGAUCCGGAGCGUGCCAACGAGCUGAGGAUGCCACGGGAGCCAGGCAUGGAGGAAGGGCCCCCACCAUGACCCGCUCCGGCUUGAGGAGUUCUUUCCAGAACCCCCCAGGCUGAGCCUGUGGGUCCCAGGGAUUGAACUCACUGUGUGGCAAGCGCCUGCACCGGCUCAGUCUCGCAGGCCCCCGUCGCGUGGGACCUCAAUAAAAGGCGAGGUUUUCAGAGGAAGUGUGAGCACGCCCAGUGCGGGGGUGAGGUCCCCAGGAGAGGGCUCCUGUCAGCCCAUCAGGACGGGGUGGCUCGGAGGUUUGGCGUUUUCUCCCUCCCGUGGCGAAAGAGCACAUUGCUCAGUGGUUUUUCCGAGGGUAAAGGUGGAGUGUGUGCUGGAUGCAGCAGGUCCCGGCCCGGGCAGGCCCAAGUGUCCCUGUGAGGUCCCCAGCACCCCUCCCUUCCUGCCCCCGGGCUCCCCGGCAGCAGGGCGGCCCCGGCCCCGCGGGUUUCUGGUCUCCCCCCGCCCCGCCCCGCCCCCGGCGCGCUGACUUUCGGUAAACGAGGCGGCCAGGAAGCUCAGGGGCCGCACAGGAAGGACGGGGACUUUCCUGUCGCAGCGCCGGCUGCCGCCGCCUCGGCGCGGCUUCAGGUAGGAGCUCGGGGCGCGGGCGCCGGGCGCGGGGGGCGCGGGGCGCAGCCGGGGUCACCGCACCCCGCGGCCGCAGCGGCGCGCGUGCGCCGAGGACUCCCGCACCCAGCUCCGGUCCAGGGCUCGGGAAGAAAAGGACCCGAACUUUCGGUUUGGUAAAAGCUCAUAGUCCUCUAAGUCUGUCCGCUUUGCUGUUUUCUUCCGUUUCGUACCUUGAAGCCGGCCGUCCCUCUGUGGCCCUGUCGGCCUCGCAAACUCGCAGCAAUCCUCCUGCCGCCUCCCCAGGAGCCACAGCAGUGGGGGACGAUGAUGAUGGGUUAUACGUUCUUACUCACUCUCCUGUGUGAGUGUAUUGCUACGGCGCACAUUUGGAGGUCAGAGGACAGCCUACCGGAGUGGGUUCUCUCCCUCCACCCGGGGUCUCGGGCUUGGGGCAAGCCUCCACCCGCCACGCCGCCUCGCCCGCCCUCAUGUGUUUCUUGAGACAGCGUCUGACCCUGAACGUGCGUAGCACCACGUACAGUAAUAGGUUAUCUUUCUGUAUUUGAAGCACUGGCUAAAAACGGGCCGGCCUCAGACUCACAGAGAUCCUCCUGCCUCUGCCCCCGAGUGCUGGGACUAAAGCCCUGGCCACCGGUUUCCUGUGAACAUAAGCUUCGCGAGUGCAGCCCCCGCGGAGGCCAGAAGGGGGCGCUGGGGCCACUAGCGCAGAAGAGGGUUGUGAGCCGCCGUGGGUGGGGACCGAACGCAGGCUGGAGCAGCCGGUGCUCUGGGCCUCUGAGCCGCGUCUCCAGCACUCUGUUUACUUACGGUCUACUUAGGUAUCUGUUGUUGGUUUCUAUGCGGUGUCAGGCAGCCCAGGCUGGCCUUCUGCCUCCACCGCUGGAGUCGGGCGGUGACAAGCGUGUACCACUGUGUCUGCUUUUGUUUUAUUAUGGAAGGGUGCCCAUGCAGAGGUCAGAGGGCAGCCCUGUGUCGUGGGCUUCACAGGUGGGGCUCCUGUCUUGAGGCUUGGCCGCAAGUGCCUUUCCCAGCCACCUUCCUGGCCCUGAAGCAGGGCUGCGGCCUAUUGGCUGUUUCCUGCCUCUUCUCAGGGGGCUCAAGCCCCGACCCUUGCUUGCCCCGCUCUGAGGGCCCAAGGAGGCCUGGCUGGGCAGCGCAUGCUCCCCUAGGCCCCUGCUGGGAACCUCCCCUGUGAGGCCCACAAAGUACAGGCUGGAUGUGGAGGUGAGUAGGGUGAAGAGAGACCAGGAAGGGUUGGGGAGACGACACAGGCCUCAGACUCGCGCACAGGGAACCCAUCACACCAGGUGCAGAAGCCUCUAGCCCUCGCCCCUGUGACCUGAAGACCCACGAGGAAUGACAGCUCCCCCAUCCCUCCCACCGCGGUGCUUCCUGCUCAGGCCUACUUCUGUAUCUGCCGUUGAUUGCUCAUGCCUGCCUGGGGUCCUGGCCAGGCCGACCAGGUUGGGACUUGCAGGCUUGUGGAUCAGUUGGAGAUGUCUGCCCUGGGUGCAGAGAAGUGCAAGGGGGUGCGAGUUCCUGCGGAACCAGAAGACACCUGGUCCCGGCCAGCCGAGCUGUCACGUGGGGCUUUGUGGCUCUUUCCCUUUCAGUGAGCCCCUUCUGAUCCGACUCUCUGCCUCUCUAGGUUACAAUCAUGGCACCUCCUAGUGAGGAGACACCUCUGAUCCCUCAGCGCUCUUGCAGCCUCUCCUCCUCAGAGGCAGGAUCCCUGCAUGUCCUCCUUCCUCCCCGGGGAUCUAGGCCUCCCCAGCGACUGUCUUUCUCCUUUGGGGACUACCUGGCAGAGGACCUGUGUGUGCAGGCAGCCAAGGCCUGUGGCAUCCUGCCCGUUUACCACCCGCUCUUCGCUCUGGCCACCGAGGACUUGUCUUGCUGGUUUUCUCCAAGCCACAUCUUCUCCGUGGAGGACGUGGACACUCAAGUCUUGGUCUACAGGCUCCGCUUUUAUUUCCCUGACUGGUUUGGGCUGGAGACAUGUCACCGCUUUGGGCUGCGCAAAGAUCUGACCAGCGCCAUCCUCGACUUGCAUGUUUUAGAACACCUCUUUGCCCAGCACCGCAGUGACCUGGUGAGUGGGCGCCUCCCCGUGGGCCUCAGCCUGAAGGAGCAGGGGGAGUGCCUGAGCCUGGCCGUGCUGGACCUGGCCCAGAUGGCCCGUGAGCAGGCCCGGCGGCCCGGCGAACUGCUCAAGACCGUCAGCUACAAGGCCUGCCUGCCGCCCGGCCUGCGCGACCUGAUCCAGGGUCUGAGCUUCGUGACGCGCAGGCGCAUCCGCAGGACCGUGCUCCAGGCGCUGCGCCGCGUGGUCGCCUGCCAGGCCGACCGCUACUCGCUCAUGGCCAAGUACAUCCUGGACCUGGAGCGGCUGCACCCGGCGGUCGCCGCCGAGACCUUCCGCGUGGGGCUCCCCGGUGCCCAGGAGGGGCCAGGGCUCCUGCGCGUGGCGGGGGGCAGCGGCGUCGCCUGGAGCCCCGGGGACCAAGAGCUUUUCCAGACCUUCUGUGACUUUCCCGAAAUCGUGGACGUCAGCAUCAAGCAGGCCCCACGCGUGGGUCCGGCAGGGGAGCAGCGGCUGGUCACCAUCACCAGGAUGGACAGCCACAUCCUGGAAGCGGAGUUCCCGGGGCUGCCCGAGGCGCUGUCCUUCGUGGCCCUCGUAGAUGGUUACUUCCGCCUGACCUGCGACUCCAGGCAUUUCUUCUGCAAGGAGGUGGCGCCGCCCAGGCUGCUGGAGGAAGUGGCGGAGCUGUGCCACGGACCCAUCACGCUAGACUUUGCGGUCCACAAGCUGAAGGCCGCCGGCUCCAUCCCGGGCUCCUAUAUUCUCCGCCGCAGCCCUCAGGACUAUGACAGCUUUCUUCUCACUGCCUGCGUCCAGACGCCCCUUGGCCCGGAUUACAAGGGCUGCCUCAUCCGCCGGGACCCCUCGGGGGCCUUCUCCCUGGUGGGUCUCAGCCAGCCGCACCGAAGCCUCCGGGAGCUUCUCGCAGCCUGCUGGCAUUCUGGGCUGCACGUAGAUGGUGCCGCCCUGAACCUCACCUCCUGCUGCACCCCCAGACCCAAGGAAAAGUCCAAUUUGAUCGUGGUGAGAACGGGCUGCACCCCUGCCCCGGCCCCCGGCCGCGCCCCAUCCUGCUGCGUGCUAACGCAGCUGAGCUUCCACACAAUCCCUGCGGACAGCCUGGAGUGGCACGAGAACCUGGGCCACGGCUCUUUCACCAAGAUCUACCGCGGACGCCGGCGGGAGACCGUGGACGGGGAGACACACGACACGGAAGUCCUCCUGAAGGUCAUGGACGCCAGGCACCGGAACUGCAUGGAGUCCUUUCUGGAAGCAGCGAGCUUGAUGAGCCAAGUAUCCUACCCACACCUGGUGUUGCUGCAUGGCGUCUGCAUGGCUGGAGACAGUGAGCCCUCCCGCACCCCAGCCCUGCCCCCCACCUCGGCCUGCAUGGUGCCUCUGACACACCCCACACUCACCCACCUCACACCCCAGCCCCACGCCCAGAGACUUGGUUCCAUUUCCUUGCUGGCUAAUUGCUGUGCAACAUUGCACCUCCUGCACGCCCUCUCUGAACCUGUCGCAUCUUCUCAGCUGAGCUGAUGGUAAACGAAAGUUCAGCCUGUGCUAAGGGCCAA